GGGCGCAGCUGCUGCCUCAAAUGUACACAGUGUACAAAACAGAGCAGGACAGCGUGGUAAACAAGCUCGGCGUUGGAGAGUAGCGCCGUACGUAUAGCUGUGGGAAACAAAAAAAAUGUCGAAAGGACGACUGUUUGGCGUAGGCUGUCGCUUGUUGCGGAAAAGUAGCGGUGCAGGACUAAAAAACCCCGUCGCUUUCUGCGCCAGCUUUGCAACGAGUUCGAGCAAAAACGAGCAGAAAUGCUGCACAGAAGGACAAAAGUGUGCAACCAACUCCGUAUCCGCUCCGCUCAGGCACCACCACGCCAGUGGAAAAGCCAAGGCAGAGGAAUCUUUUACUAAAUCCGGGAGGUCUUUUUCAUCCACCGCGCCACAGAUCGACCACAAAACUUACUUAUGGGCGAGAUACAACGAGAUGAAGCGCCUGGUGCACGAUUUAAUUCCUCCAGGAGUGUGCAACCUUCUAAACCCCUCCACCAUCUAUGCCAACAAUGAGGUGAACCUUGACGAAGUGGACAUCUAUGGAUUCGAUUAUGAUUAUACACUGGCCCUCUACUCAAAUGCUCUUGAUGAGAUGAUCUACAACAAAGCCAGAGAGUUUCUCAUAGAGCACUACAAGUAUCCUCAAGGGAUCGGCAAGUACAAAUACAUCCCCAACUUUGCAGCUCGAGGUCUUCAUUAUGAUAUCCAGAAGGGACUGCUGAUGAAAAUAGAUGCUUUCCAUUAUAUUCAGCUAGGCACUGUGUAUAGGGGUCUGAAGCCUGUUCCAGAUGAUGAGGUCAUGCAGUUGUAUGGCGGUUCUAAUCACAUCCCUCUUCACCAAGUCAGCGGCUUCUAUGGAAAGGGACCCAAGAUGAAGCAGUUCAUGGAUGUGUUUUCCAUCCCAGAGAUGACGCUUUUGGCUUCUGUUAAUGACUAUUUUAUCUCCAAUGACAUAGAAUAUGAUCCAGAGCACCUCUACAAAGACGUGUCUGACGCUGUUGGUAUGGUGCAUAUUAAGGGAUACAUGUACAAGUGGAUAAUGCAGGACUUGGAGAAAUAUAUCCUCAGAGGAGACGAGACCUAUGCAGUGCUGCAUCGCCUAGCCAGUCAUGGGAAGAAGCUUUUCCUUAUAACCAACAGCCCCUUCAGCUUUGUAGACAAAGGCAUGAAGUACAUGGUUGGAAAAGAUUGGAGGGACUUCUUUGAUGUUGUCAUUGUUCAAGCUGACAAGCCACACUUUUUUAAUGAUUGUGUGAAACCUUUUAGGCGACUGGACAAUAAUGGAGUCCUUCAGUGGGACAAAAUCAAGAGUUUGGAAAAAGGGCAGAUUUACAAACAGGGUAACCUUGUAGAUUUUCUGAGGCUGACAGGCUGGCGAGGCUCCAGUGUGCUUUAUUUUGGGGACCACCUUUACAGCGACUUGGCGGACCUGAUGCUGCGCCAUGGGUGGAGGACCGGUGCCAUUGUUCCUGAGCUGGAGAUGGAGACAAAAGUUGUAAACACUGAGCAGUAUGCACAGAGUCUUACAUGGCUCCAGGCUCUCACUGGCCUUCUGGAGCGCAUGCAGAUGUAUCGUGAUCCAGAGUCCAAAAAAGUGAUUGAAGAAUGGCUGAAAGAGAGAGAAGAGUUUCGGGCUGUCACCAAAAAUUUGUUCAACCCACAGUUUGGCAGCAUCUUCCGUACAUGCCACAAUCCUACCUACUUUUCUCGCCGAUUAUGCCGUUUUUCGGACCUUUACAUGGCUUCCAUUAGCUGCCUUCUGAACUAUGAUCUCUCGUACACGUUCUACCCACGUCGCACACCUUUGCAGCACGAGGCACCCCUCUGGAUGGACCAACUUUGCACUGGGUGCAUGAAGACCCCUUUCCUGGAGGAGAUGGCCCACAUACGCUAAACCAUUUGCUGCACACGCUGUCCAAUGACGCACAAAUUUAAACCAACUUGCCAUGUUACAAACUGUCAUGUUAUUCAGGGUCAAUUUUUGGAUGGGUGCAUUGCAAAAACAUCUCAUUAAAAUGAUCGCCUUCCCUGAAAUCAAGACUUCAACCCCAACUGCUAGGCAACCAAGCAAUCAAAACCAGCCUCUACUGGGGUUCACCUUGUAUUUUAAAGUGCUGAUCUUUAUGGGAGUAUUAUUUUGCUUUUUCUGUUUGAUCAUGUAUCCUGAUCAUAACUGCACCAUCUGCUGGAACAUCUGUUACACUGCAUUUUUAGCGUUUACAAGGAAGGGAAGCGGAAAACUCAUGUUUGGCUUGUGACGCACAAUUAUAUUCAGUUUUUUUUUUUUUAAGUAAGUUCUUUACAAUGGCAUUGACUGCCUGUUUUAUUUUUCUGUUCUGCAAGGUACAAAUGUUACAAUGCAUGCUUUCAGCUUGCUUUUUGUUUGUCAGGUAAAAGUAAGAGAAGCGCACAGAGGUGAUGUAUAGAGUGUAUUUCCCUACACUUUAGUGUUUUGUACUUUUUACCCUCAAACCAUGAUGUACUUAUUGUCAGGGAUUCUGUGGACUGUUUCAUUCUGGACAAUUUUUGUUACCCAUGAUUUUUCUUGGGCCCCAAUGUCCACUAAAGGCUCCCUUGGGACAUCCUUGUUUAUAGUAUUAAUUUGUUGUUUUGAUCAUUCUUAAGUCUUAUCAUUGGUUCGUCAAACUAACCAAUUAAAAUAGCAGAUCCCAUCUAUUAGCUUUUCUCUACUACUCUGAAUAAUAAAGAGAAUUUGCUACUA